AUGGCAAACGUACGAUUUUUAUUGUUUUUUAUUUUGUUCCCUACAUGUCUAGCACACUCAGUGCCCGGGAGAGCUGAAGACGGUCACUACACAGAGGAUGGCAAGCAUAAUGAUGAAUAUGACCACGAAACGUUUCUCGGCCAUGAUGGGCAAAAAGAAUUCGGCGAGCUGAAUAAUCAAGAGAGAAUACUUAGACUCAGCAAACUGGUUGACAAAAUCGAUAAAAAUGGCGAUGGUAAUGUAUCAAAGAGUGAAAUGACAGAGUGGUUGAAAUACAUUUCAUUGAAAGAACCGCAGGAAUUAAUGAGAAAGUAUUGGGCUGAUAAUUAUCCCUCGAUUAUUGACGGUGAUGGCCUUAUCAGCUGGGAGGAUUAUCAAGCUUUAAAUUUUCCUGGCAAAGAUCAUGAUGAGACAAUAAUAGCUAGGAUCAAUAAAUACCACAAACGGUUCGAAGCAGCUGAUGAAAAUAAAGACAGCAAACUGAGUUUGGAUGAAUUCGUGGCAUAUCAAUACAUGGAUCUCUUUCCUCGUAUGUAUGACGUAUUCGUAGAUGAAGCAAUGGAGACGAUGGACUUGAAUAAAGACGGCGUGAUAACUUUCGAGGAAUUCAAAAAAGGCGAAAAAAGAUCCCGUGAGGAUACAAAAAGGGAGUUUGGUAUCAGGGAUUUAAAUAAAAAUGAUGUACUGGACAAGGAUGAAGUGAAGGAAUGGUAUUUUCCGACGAAAUACGAUCGCCAUGAAAACGAAGCAUUGCAUCUCAUUGCCAAGGCUGAUAGUGAUAAGGACGAUGCACUCAGCAAGGACGAGAUAUUACACAACUACGACGUUUUCGUUGGCAGUAGAGCCACUCACUGGGGCGAAACUUUGAAGAGAAAUGUUGAUGAAUUGUGA